AUGCCCGACUGCCAGAGUGCACCAGCACUAGCGUGGCAAAAAACCAUACCACAAUUAUCCUUUGAUUCCGAAGUAGUUCUCAACCCAAUGCUAGCGCUCUCCGCGCUUCAUCUGCACACUCACUCACCCGCCGACUUUUCCAUGACCGUCGCUUUACGACGCUAUCUCGAUCGAACGCUCGUGAAUCAUCGUCGAGCUUUGUCAAAAGGCGAGGGCCUUUCAGAACAGCUUUGGCUUUCGGCUAUUCUACUUUGUCAUGUUUAUUGGCUGCUUUCGCGUCAGUCGCAGCCUUAUGAGGCGUAUGAGCUGCCCUUUCAGGCGUUCAAAAUGUUGGAAGGUAUCAAUGUAAUUUUUGCGCAGAAGGAGAAAUUUCUUGGCCGAUUGGGCUACAAUUCGUUCAAGUACGAAUCUUUGCCCCAAGUAGUCUCGGAGGACAAGUUAUCCAUAUCCUCACGAGUGCAGUUGCAGAGUAUAGAGGAAGAUAUCACGCACUUAAUGGAUUCUUUUGACGUCGCUACAAAAGCAGAAGAUGUUCAGAAUAUCUACAUCGAAGCCAGAGAUUCAGUGCUCUAUCAUUAUCGAGCAUUUUACUCUGGUAUUAGCGCAAAGAUUCUUCGGCGCCUCAUUACGGUUAUGCCUGUUAGAUGUCAAUUGGGAUAUCGUUCUUUGCUUGAGAGUCAUGAUCCACUUGCGAUGGCACUGUUGGCGAGAGUACUGGUUUUGUUGAGAGGACUAGGUUAUGCUUGGUGGAUUAAUGGGGGAGGGGAAUAUGAAGUUGUGGAGAGAGAUUUCGAUGCUCCAGCGCCAAAAGCUAAGCUGGAUGGAUCCAUAGACGAAGAUGUGGAAGAAGAGACGGAGUGGGAAAUGGGUGAAGAAACAAACGAAUUGACAUCAAAACUUCUAUACGAUUACCCUAAGGUGUUGUUUCUGAUCCAAAUCCAACCCCAAUACCUCCAAAUUCCAGAUUAUAUGCCAUGA